AUGCUGCUGGGCGGGCCAUCAGUGGUGCGUCGCAAUGCACGGGAACGCAAUCGUGUCAAGCAGGUGAACAAUGGCUUCAGCCAGCUGCGACAGCAUAUACCCGUUGCGAUCAUUGCGGAUCUGAGCAAUGGCAGGCGCGGCAUCGGACCCGGCGCCAACAAGAAGCUCAGCAAGGUGAGCACAUUGCGCAUGGCCGUCGAGUAUAUAAGGCGGCUGCAGCGACUCAUCGACGACAACGAUCAGCAACAGCAGCAGCAGCAACAGUUGCUGUCGCCGCAACAGCAGCUGGCACAGCAGCAACAGUUCAGCUACCAGCAGCAACAGUUGCAACAACAGCAACAGCAAUUCUAUGCGCUGCAACAGCAACUGCAGCUUAUAUCGCCCGGCGGCAGCAGCUGCAGCUCUAACGCCUCCAACGACUCGAAUGCCUCCAGCUCCAGCAGCAGCAACUAUUAUGCAACGCAGCCAGCCGAACUGAAGCUGGAGUCGAGCGGCGGCAGCUAUGAAGAUUAUCCCAACAAUUCGUGCAGCUCCGGCGCCGAGGAUGACGACAUACUCGACUACAUCUCCCUGUGGCAGGACGACAUCUGAGUGCAGUCCUCCAGCCAAUCCAACCCAACCUAAACCAUUUCCAGGGCAGCCAACUAGUCAGACCCAAAACGCAACACACGCCUGGCAUAAAAGUAUUACCUCAGCAAAAAGAAAGUAUUUAUUCUAGUUUAAGCACUUUUUUUUUCCUACUCUCGUAAUAACAUUACAUUUUUUUUUGCAAGAAUUUUGUACAAAUUAGUCUUAAGAGCGCUGAAUGUGCCUGCUUUUUAUAUAGUUUAUAGGACUGCCUAAAUCUAAGAACUAGCUAAGAACAUGGAAGACAAUUACUUUUAAGCAACUUUUUUUUUUAACAAGA